UGGUGUUUCUUAAACAUUUUCACAUCUGGCAGGUUUCACAUGUUUAUUUCAGAUAAUUUAGCUAUAAGCUUUUGUUUUGUCUGUUUAAUUUCCAGCUUACCAAAGAAUAUCUUGAACAAUUCUGCAAAGUGACUAAAGGAUCAGAAGUUUCUAUGAGCAGUAUCGAAAACGAUGAUGAUGAGUAUACUCCAUCAAGAGAAUCGGUAACCGAAAGCAGCUCAGAGGAAUCCUGUGGUCAAGCAAGAAAAGUUCCAUUGGUGAGAAACAAACAGAAUAAGUCACAGAGGACUUGCAGAAAGAAGACGUGUCCCAGCACUUCGGAUAAAAUCAAUACGAAUGCAGAAAGUGAAGACUGUAACACAAACCUAAGUAACGUGUCCGUAAUGAACACAAUAAAGAGAAGUGGGGCUAGAGUCUAUAGUAAAACUCAUUACUGCCUCUACUGUCCCUUGCACUGCCAUAAAAUGGCAAGGCACUUAAUCUGCAAACACAGCAAUGAACCCGCUGUAGCCAAAGCAAUGAGCUUUCCUUUAAAAUCAAAAGAAAGAAAAUUACAUUUUGACCUUGUAAGGAACCAAGGAAAUCGCGCUCACAAUAACGAGGUUAUAAAAACGGGUACGGGAACACUAAUCCCAAGUCAGCAAGCUACAAAACCAGUCAAGGCAAGUGACUACAUGCACUGCAUAAAUUGUCAAGCAUUACUUAAAAGGAAGACGUUAUGGAGGCACAUGUCGAGGUGCAAACUUGCACAAAAAUGCAAAUCUCAAAAGUCAGGUAAAAGUCGCGUUCAGGCUCUCUGUGCAUAUGCACAGCCAGUCCCGGAUGGUGUUAGCAAGAACAUUUGGCAGCUAGUAAAUGCUAUGCACCAGGAUGAAAUAACAAAUAUUAUCAAAAAAGAAAAAACAAUUUUAAGACUUGGAGAACAUUUGUAUUUAAAACACGGACAUGACAAGACAAAACACGAGUACAUCAGACAAAAACUUCGUGAAAUCGGAAGACUAAUUCAGCAGUCGCAAAAAGCUGGCAGACUGAAAACAAUUAAGGACUUCUUUCUACCUUCAAACUUUAAUUUUGUGAUUGAUGCAGUUAAGGCUGUUGCUGGUUUUAAUGAAGAAGAGAACAUCUACAAAACCCCAUCCUUGGCUCUGAAGCUCGGUCAUACAUUAAAGAAGAUUGCAGAUAUUCUUGAAUGUGACGCACAGAUGGAAGAGUCGGACAAUGAGGAAUUUCUCAAGAAUCUGAGUAGAACCCGGGGUCUUUUUGAGAAAAAGUGGGAUGUGUGUGUAUCAUCCCGUGCCCUACAAACUCUAAAAGAAGCGAAAUGGAAUACGCCUCAGCUCCUUCCGUUCACGGAGGAUGUUAAAAGCAUGCACAUCUACCUUGAUAAGUGCAGAGAAGAAUACCAAAACAACCUUAAAAAUAUUCCAAAUAAGAAGUACUGGUCCAACCUGGCUAAUGUGACACUUUGUGAGGUGAUUCUGUUUAAUCGUAGAAGAGAGGGCGAGGUGUCAAAAAUGCCACUUAGUGCAUACACCCUCAGAAACUCUUUGGGUAUCCACUCAGAUUUGGCUGUCGGACUCACGGAGUUUGAACAAAAACUUUGCCAGCGUUUUCAGCGAAUUGAAAUUAGAGGCAAGAGAGACCGAAAAGUUCCCAUUCUUUUAACCACGGAUAUGCUUUCGUCCAUGGAAGUCCUGGUUAGUCAUUGACGAGCCUGUGGCGUGCCUGACGAAAAUCCUUAUUUCUUCGCCAGACCUGAAGCAGAGACUCACCUAAGAGGAUCGGAUGCCAUCAGACGAAUUGCAGGAGAGUGUGGAGCCAAACAUCCUGAAACUUUGUCCUCAACAAAAUUAAGAAAGCAGGUAUCCACAUUAUCUACAGUUCUUAACCUAAAAGAUAAUGAGAUGGACAUACUGGCAAAUUUUCUUGGCCACGACAUCCGGGUCCACAGACAAUAUUACAGACUGCCUGAAGGAACGCUACAAUUGGCUAAAGUCAGCAAAGUGCUGCUUGCCCUAGAGCAAGGCCGGCUAUCAGACUUUCAGGGAAUGAGCUUGGACCAAAUCCAGAUUGAUCCAAAUGAGGAAUUACCCGAAGCUGUGGACAGUGAUGACCCAGAAGCAGAGACUGAGAGGAACUCGUCUUUGUGCUCUUCAGAAUGUUCACUAUCCAUAAGACGUCAGGCAACCACAGAGGUGUCUGGUGACGAAAGUACAACCGCAGGAUCAACAGCUAAGAGAUGGCAAACAGAUCAGUCUGACAGCGAUGCCCCGUUAACAGGACCUUCAAGCUUUAAGAGACGAAAGAGACCUGUUGAGUCGGACAGUGAUGACCCUAAAACAGAAUUUUCAAGAGCCAAGAAAAGACAGAGAACUGAGGAACCUGACCCUGAUGUCUCUAAAAAAGGUAUUUGACACAAUGUUCUGAUGCAUUAUUUUCAGUAUUUGUCAAAGAUGGUGCUCUAAUCUGUGAUUGGUUGAAUCCUUUAAAGAUGUGACAAGA